CAUAAAUAUAAGUUGUGGUGUGUAUAAGCAUCUUAACAUUCUUACAAAAAAAAGCAUUCUGUAAUUUAAAGUAUUAUUAUGGUUAUUAUAAUCUGAUAAGGGUUUUGGUGUGUGGUUGUUUAUCUUAAAAUACUUUCGUUUCUAGGAAAAGACCAGAUAUUCUUAAAACACCUAGUAAAAAUUUUUGAUAAAUACUCAAACAAUGGAAUAACUGCUGUACACAAUACUGAAUACGAUUUAGUUCCUGUACUAAGUAAGUUUAUAAUGCAUUGUGAACAUUCUGUGAACAAUCGAAAGUUAAUAAAUUUGAAGUGAACUGUCUUAUAAAGCUUUUUUAUAGCUUGGUGGGAGAUGUGGUAGAGCGACCAGGUAUGGUCAUUGGACUAGAUCGUAAUGCAUUUCGAAACAUCCUGCAUGUGAGAUUUGGAAUGACAGAUGACAUGAUUAUGGACAGAGUAUUUCGAGGUUUUGAUAAAGACAAUGAUGGCUAUGUAAAUGUAUCAGAGUGGAUUAAUGGAUUAUCACUGUUUCUUCGAGGAUCUUUAGAAGAAAAAAUGAAAUAUUGCUUCGAAGUGUUUGAUUUAAACGGUGACGGAUUCAUUUCAAAGGAGGAGAUGUUUCACAUGCUGAAGAACAGCCUUCUCAAACAGCCCUCUGAAGAGGACUCCGAUGAAGGCACCAAGGACCUGGUUGAAAUAACACUGAAGAAAAUGGCGAGUAUGGGUCUUUGAGAGUUUUAUAUUGACGUUUAUAGGCCACAUAUGGAAUAGAAAUAAGAAUUCAAAUUAUG